AAAUAUGGCCCUAUCAUGAACCUUCAACUUGGCCAAAUCCCUGCCUUCAUUGUAUCAUCUCCUGAGAUUGCUUCUGAGAUCAUGAAAACUCAUGAUCUUAAGUUUUGUAGCAGACCUACAACUCUAGUAAUGAAGAAAUUCUCCUAUGGUGGACUAGAUAUCGCCUUUUCGAAGUACGGUGUGCAGUGGAGGCAGAUGAGGAAGCUUGGAAUGUUGGAGAUCUUUAGUACGAAGAGAGUGCAGUCCUUUAAGAGUGUGAGAGAAGAAGAAGUUCAUAUCUUGAUCCAAAGUAUAAGACAUUCUUGCUCUCAAACAGUGAAUCUCAGUGACAUGUUUCUUUGCAUGAGUAACAAUAUAAUUUGUAGAGAAGUGUUUGGAAAGAGGUUCUCUGAUGAUGGAGAGUGCAAUAGAAGUGAACAUCAUGAUCUUGUUUUGGAGAUAAUGGAGUUGAUUGGUGGGUUUUCUCUUGGAGAUUUCUUCCCUUCUUUGAAAUACUGGCUCAAUUUGUUCACUGGUUGGCAUGGAAAGCUUGAGAGAAACUUUAAGAGAAUGGAUGAACUUUUUGAGAGAGAGAUUGAGGAGCAUUCUUCGAGUUUGUAUGAUGAUCAUGGACAUGAAGAAGAAGACUUCCUUGAUGUGUUACUAAAGUUGCAGAAAGAUUUUAGUCUUGGCUUCUCCCUCACCAAAGAUCAUAUCAAAGCAAUCCUCAUGAACAUGUUCCUUGGUGGAACGGAUACCUCAGCAUUGACUUUAGAAUGGGCGAUGACUGAACUCAUGAGAAAUCCGACAUUGAUGAAGAAAGCACAAGAUGAAGUCAGAGGAGUUGUAGGAAGUAAAGGAAAGGUGGAAGAGAGUGAUCUUCAACAACUUCAAUAUAUGAAACUUAUUGUAAGUGAGACUCUACGUUUACAUUGUAUUGCUCGUUUGCUACUCCCUCGAGAGAGCAUGGAGGAGUGCCAGGUGAAUGGCUACAUUAUCCCAGAGAAAUCUAGAGUUUACAUAAAUGCAUGGGCAAUAUGCAAUGAUCCAAAAGCCUGGGAAAACCCUGAAGUUUUCAUGCCAGAGAGAUUUGAAGGGAAUGAUAUAAGUUAUAGAGGACAACAUUUUGAGUUUAUACCUUUUGGUGCUGGCAGGAGGAUUUGCCCAGGAAUGCAGAAGGGUAUAGCUGUUGUGGAGAUUACACUUGCUAACAUGCUGUAUCAUUUCAAAUGGAAAACUCCUUCUGAGACUGGUUAUAAAGGUAUUGAUACCAGGGAGUCUUUUGGAGUUGUUCUUCAUAAGAAGUCACCACUAGUCCUUCAGGCUGCACCUAUAGAGACAUAA